AUGACCUCCCACUGCGUCCCUUGCGAUCGGUCGUUCGCCAGUCACGCCGCGCUGUUGCAACACAGAAGAGACUCGACUGCACACGCGUUCGACUGUGGGAUCUGCCGUCGAUUGUUCCCUAGCGAAAGAGCUCUGAAUCAACAUCUGGCCAAUUCACCAGCACACGCUGCACCUGUUGACUGCGCAGACUGCAGCCGAUCUUUCAGCAGCCAGAACGCUCUCCAACAACAUCUCCGCGACUCGCAGACGCAUCCCCCCUACGACGGAAUCUCGCCUGAAUUGGUGAAGCCAGUAUACAAAACAGCUUUGCUCUUGAGACGCACGCAGGCAAGCGUCCAAGAUAUCGUACGGCGAUCCGGAACAACACUUGAAGUUUCCGUAGUUUCGUCGCUCUGGAAUGCAGCUGAGCGCCUGAAUUCCCUAAACGAAAGUCCAGCAGAUGCACAAAGGCGCGCUGAGCGACAACGGCAACGGUCAGAACUGGCACAGCAGGCAGAAGAUGCGUUCGCAGAAAGCUUGUCCCGACAAGGAUUCGUCUUUGCAAGAGAGCAAGAGCAGCGACAGCAGGCCCAACAGAUGGGACUUCCCGUUCCCCAGACGCCGGAUGUGAGAUUUUCCGCCCGGGUGACGAUCUGCGGACACCCAUGCCAUUGGCUUGAAUUCAAGAACUAUUUCGGGUUUCCUCAGAAUCCAUUUCUGGCCCAGAACGAGAAAAGGCAGUACAAAAAAUAUGUCUCAUCCUUUGGGCCAGGAGCAGUGGUGUACGCUUUGGGCUACCAGAAAGGGUAUCCGAGUAUUGAGGGGGUUGGUGUUUUCAGAGCCAAGGAAGUCUUGCAGAACGUAUCGAACUAG